AUGGGCUUUUUGCUGCCAAUCCUUCUGGCUCUGCUAGCCUCUGUGCUGGGAGGAUUCUACUUCCUGGGGGCCUUCAGGCAGCGUCGACCCGGAGAACCCCCACUGGACCGGGGCCCCAUCCCCUGGCUGGGCCACGUCCUGGAGUUCCGUAGGGACACAGCAAUGUUUCUGGAGAGGAUGAAGAGGAAGCAUGGGGAUAUCUUCACCAUACAGCUGGGAGGAUUCUAUUUCACAUUCCUCAUGGACCCUCUGUCCUUCGGGAUGGUCGUGAAGGAGGCUCGCGCCAAGCUGGACUUCACCAAGUUCGCACAGCAGCUGGUGCAGAAAGUGUUUGGUUACCACUCCAUGGAGAACGACCACAAGUUUCUGCAGAUGUCCAGCAACAAGCACCUGAUGGGGGAUGGUUUAGUGGUAAUGACACAGGCCAUGAUGAGCAACCUACAGAAUCUAAUGCUGCACAGUGUAGGGACAGAGCAUGAUAACAAUAAGACCUGGAAUGAGGAUGGCCUGUUCAACUACAGCUACAACAUUGUCUUCAGGGCAGGCUACCUGGCUCUGUUCGGUAACGAGACACCCAAAUCCACGGGGAGCCUGGAGAAAGCCAAAGAGGUCGACAGAGAAGAGUCCCAGGAGCUCUUCCGUGAGUUCCGUAAGUACGACCAGCUCUUCCCCAAUCUGGCCUAUGGGGUCCUGCCUCCGGGGGAGAAGAGGGAGGCAGAGAGGCUGAAGAGGCUGUUCUGGAACAUGCUGUCAGUGCAGAAGGUGAGGACCAAGGAGAACAUCAGUGGCUGGGUGCGCGAGCAGCAGCAGGUGAGGGAGGAGCAUGGCAUGGAGGACUUCAUGCAGGACAGGUACAUGUUCCUUCUCCUCUGGGCCUCCCAGGGGAACACCGGCCCUGCUGCCUUCUGGCUCCUCCUUUACCUCAUGAAGCACCCAGAGGCCAUGAAGGCUGUGCAGGGGGAGGUGGAGGAGGUGCUGAAGGAGACGGAUCAGGAGGUGAAGCACGGUGGACCCCUAGUUGACCUGACCCGGGACAUGCUGCUGAAGACGCCCAUCCUGGACAGCGCCGUGGAAGAGACCCUCCGCCUCACCGCUGCCCCCGUCCUCAUCAGGGCCGUGCUCCAGGACAUGUCCUUCAAAAUGGCUGACGGAAAUGAGUACCGCAUCAGGGAGGGAGAUAGGGUGGCCCUCUUCCCUUACACCGCUGUUCAUAUUGACCCAGAGGUCCACCCCGACCCACUCACCUUUAAGUACGACCGCUUCCUGACCCCAGAGGGGGGUAAAAAAACAGAUUUUUACAAAGGUGGGAAGAAGUUGAAGUACUACAACAUGCCGUGGGGUGCUGGGAUCACCAUGUGCCCUGGGCGCUUCUUUGCCACCAACGAGCUGAAGCAGUUUGUCUUCCUCAUGCUCACGUACUUUGACUUUGAGCUCAAAAACCCAGAUGAAAAGAUACCUGAUAUUGACAUCAAGCGCUGGGGCUUUGGGUCCAUGCAGCCAACCAAAGACAUCCAGUUUAGAUACAGACUCAGGUUUUAA